AUGCCUUCUGCCUUCGGCGUGCACCUGGAGUGGCGGCUGCGGCUGCCGCCCCGCCCGCCGCUGCCGCAGCGGGGCGCCUGCCCGGCCUGCCGGGCGCGCCUGCAGGCGUCCCUGAUGAGCCAGCCGAGGUAUUGCCAUUACCUCGGGAGCUACUUCUGUGGCGGCUGCCACCGGGGCGAGCUGCGGGUGAUUCCAGCGCGCGUGGUGGAGCGCUGGGAUUUCGGCCCUCGCAAAGUCUGCCACGAGGCCGCUAAGUAUCUGGACAUGCAGAAUGACCAGCCGCUGAUCCCAAUCACCGAGAUCAGGCGGACGAAGUUGACGACUCAGGCAGCCCUAACAGAGGUUCACGGUCUCCGCCAGAAACUCUCUCGUAUCAGGGAGAUCGCAGCCGACAGCGAUUGCGAUUUCAUAAAGGUCUUGCUGGACAUGUUGCUCAAGCAGCUCCCGUCGCACAUGAUGCAAGGCCAUGACCUGUACACGCUGGAAGACCUUAUCCAAUUGGAAAAUAAAGGGAAGUAUUGCGAUUUCUUCCAGAAGUUGAAGGAUCUCGUGAAAAAGGCUGCAGAGCACAUCAUCGAAUGUCCGACUUGCAAGGUUGAUGCUCAGACAUGUUUGUUGUGCCUGUCAGCUAGGCCUGUCUAUGCCUUCCAGGUUGACGAGUGCAUCACCUGCAGGCGCUGCAAAGUUCUCUAUCAUGCCGUCUGCUUCCGCAGGGCCGGCAUGGAGUGCCCGCAGUGCAUGCAGUUGAGGGCGCACGAGCGUAAGCCAUCUUUGUCAGACGUUCGGGCGCGCUGA